GAAGCUUUUAUCUCGUAUGAGGUCUUGUGAUGGACUCAGUUGUGUGUUUGUGUGUGCAGCGCUCCUGUUUUCACCCAAGACUGUUGUGAUUUACUGCUGCAAAUAACUGAAAGAUACAAUGUCGGAUAUUUUAUUUGGGGAGUGUUUCGUGUAACAACUUGAAAAGAAAAAAACAAAACUUUCCAUGGAUUGAUUCCUAAUCGCAGAUGUCUGUCUGCAGCUGGAUUUUCAACUAACCUUUUGUGAGGAAAGAAGUGCGGAUCCAACUUCUCCAUUCGCGUCUGCGGUGUUUUAUGACCUAAAAACAACCUUGAGAGCCCCUGAAUGAGCCACGAGGCGGCUGUCCCUGAACUGAGGAUGGAUUAGUGUCAUCUUCACUCCCACUCGGGCUUGUAAAGGCUCCUAAAGGCUUGUAAAUGCGCCACUUUCUCUGCUGCUGAAUCUCUCCAUGGCACACGCGCGCACACAAACAUGAUCCCGGAUCUCUGGACUUGUUGCGGAAGUUUGUGAGUGAGUCUAGGAGGAGGAGGAGGGGGAUAAACCCCAGGCAGCACGUUGUCUUUGGGAGUCGGAGGAAGUCGCCUGGUUUGUUUACCACCCUCGUCUUCGUCAUUCCUCCGUGGUCGGGGAGGAAGAUUCGGGGAGGAAGAUGGCACCCCGACAGCCCUGGAUCAUCUUCAUCAUCACAUCGUGCUGCGUGCGGCUGCUGCUGCUGCUGCUGCUGCAGGGCGCAGCGGCCCGCGGCCCCGAGGAGGAGCACCUCGAUGCUGAGGCUUGGCUUCGUCAGUUCGGCUACCUGUCUCAGGCGAGCAGACAGAUGUCCACCAUGCAGUCAGCUCAGAUCCUGUCCAAAGCCAUCAGUGACAUGCAGCGCUUCUACGGGCUGCAGGUGACCGGGGAGAUGGACGCUGCCACUGCUGCGGCAAUGCGUCGGCCCCGCUGCGGCGUCCCGGACAGAAAACCGGAGGACCUGGUAGACAGAGCGAGGAAGAAGCGCUACGCUCUCACGGGGCAGCAGUGGGACAAGGAUCACAUCACUUACAGCAUAAUGAACCAAAACAUCCCCUCCUCGCUGGGAGAGGAGCGGACAUUCGAUGCCAUCCGCAGGGCCUUUGACGUGUGGAGGCGGGUGACGCCGCUCACCUUCCAGGAGUUACCGGUCGAAAUCAACGCCAACGGCAGCCAGGCGGGGCUCAGCGACAUCCUGCUGUUGUUCGCCUCUGGUUUCCAUGGUGACAUGUCGUUGUUUGAUGGGGAGGGAGGGUCGCUGGCCCAUGCUUACUAUCCUGGACCGGGUAUAGGUGGCGACACACACUUUGAUGCCGAUGAGCUGUGGACGCUGGACAACGAAAACCCAAAGGGCGUAGACCUGUUCCUGGUUGCGGUCCAUGAGCUCGGCCACGCUCUGGGUCUGGAGCACUCGGACAACCCCAGCGCCACCAUGGCUCCCUUUUACCAGUGGAGUCACACACAGAACUUCACGCUGCACGAGGACGACGUCCGAGGAAUUCAGUACAUAUAUGGUUCUCCUCUCAUCACUGAGGCACCGACCACUUCUCCCCCCUCGCCUGAUGAUGAACCUAGCCACCACCCCCCGACGUCCACCCCCGCCCUCCAAGACACGCCCGCCACUUCCUCCCCCCCUACUGACUCCUUGCCCGAGUCGCCCGACCCGACUGAGGGCAGCCUGGACCCCCCACCCCAACCCGAUCCCAGCCCCACCUCGCCCCCCAGACUCCCCACCUCCAACCCCACCCAGUCCCGGCCGGAGCCGGAGCCCGUCACCCCUCCCGUCAGAAAAGGCAUCCCGCCUCCUCCCAGGCCCCCCAAGCUUCCCGACAAUCAGGCCCCCGACAUCUGUGACGGGGACUUCGACACGGUGACCCUGCUGAGGGGGGAGAUGUUUGUUUUCAAGGGUCGCUGGUUCUGGAGGGUGCGAAGGAAUCGGGUUCUGGAUAACUACCCCAUGCCGAUAUCCGUCUUCUGGAUCGGCCUCCCCAGUGACAUCGACGCAGCCUACGAACGCCACGAUGGCAAAUUUGUCUUCUUUAAAGACGAUAGAUACUGGGUGUUCAGGGAGGCAGAUGUGCUACCUGGGUAUCCGCAGCCCUUGUACGAGUAUGGACGAGGUAUUUCUACACACAAGAUCGACACAGCUAUCUGGUGGGAGCCCAACGGAUACACAUACUUCUUCACCGGAGACAGGUACUGGCGUUACAGUGAGGAAACCCGGACUACAGACCGGGACUUCCCCAAACAUAUAAGCAGAUGGGGGAAAAUCCCGGAUGCCCCUAAAGGAGCUUUCCUCAGUGAGGACGGCGCUUUCACCUAUUUCUACAAAGGCUCUAAUUAUUGGAGGUUUGACAACACCAAAACAGAAGCAGACAAAGGCUAUCCUCGGUCCAUCCUGAAGGAUUUCAUGGGCUGUGUUGGGGUCCCAGACCCGGAGCCAGACAUCGACCAGGAAGUAGAGGAGAAACCACACAACCCUUCAGACCGGGGCAAGGAUGAGGGCAAACAGCCGGACAGGGGCCAGGACAAAGACAAAACAUCGGUGGAAGAUGACAGCAAUAAGCCCGACAGCACAGAAGAGGAGGACGACAAGAAUUUGGUCAUUAAGGUGGCCGAUAAUGAAUCAAAGGUCAUGACUCUGAUCAUAGUGACCAUUCCUCUGGUGCUCAUCCUCUGCAUUCUCGUCCUAAUUUACGUAAUCCUCAGGACUCUGCAGAACAAAGAGACACCGAGGGCUUUAGUGCACUGCAAGCGCUCGAUGCAGGAGUGGGUGUGAUGCACAGAAAGGGAAGCAUUUGUCUAGUGCUGUCUUUUCCAACAAAUAUUAGCUUAAGGCGUGAGGGAGGGGAAGAUUUAGUAACAUUUCAAAAAAAAGCUGAUGGUGAGUUAUCUCAACGUUUUGUGCCCAGUUUUUCAUUGUGAGAAUUUUUAUUGCACCAGUAAAACGCUAAAAAGUAGUGAAGUCAGCACCUGUGGAGCCACAGUUUCCCUCAUUCUGGCCUUGAAUGUAGCUUUGGCAGAAGGUUUUUCUCUGUGCCUUUCCAAACAACUGAAAAAGUGCCUAAACGUUUCUUUUAUACUACAAAACCUGCUUAAAUACGCCACGACGUAAAUAAAAUGCCACUCUUGAGUUUGCACACUUAAAAUGUCUUUUUUCUAUCAAUUUUAGUUUGCCGGUGGAGGGAUUCGAGUGAUUUGAGUGAUAAAUGCAGACAGAGUCGAAAGAGCACAUACAUUAGAGUGAAGAAGCACCCAGACUGUACGUACAGUAGUGUUUCCGCUAUUGAAACAAAGCCAUGCAGUAAAAUGUCUUCCAUAUGUUUGACUAAAACGCUUCAACCUGUUUCUGUGCAGAGCAGUUAAUUUGCACUUUGAAAUCUAUAUUUUUUAAUCGUUGUUCCCUAUAGCGAUGAGCGUGUUUGUGCAAAGCAGAGCUCUUUCACUGACGCUCCAACUCACACAGGAAUGUUGGACAGCUGCAUGUCCGUGACGGCCCACUGAGUCCUCCGCGCUCCCCCUUUCCCUCUCACACACAUGCACCAGUGUCACAUGGUCUAAAAAAAAACAACAACAAAAAGCUUAAUCACUACUCCAUCGUGCAUGCAUGUGCACACAUGCAGAUGCAGACCACUUACAAAGGCACAUGGACUUUUUGUGCACAGACAUGCAGGCUCCAGCCUCCCCUCCUCCCACCGCAGUCAUGCUAACUCCUCAGACUGCAGCACUAAAAACACAAUCCCAGUGGGGACAUAUUGAUAUAAUACUAGUGCCAGUGUUGGGAUUGAUUCACUUUUUUAAUGAAAGGAACCAAAAAAGAAAGUGUAGCAUUGUGCUCCGUAAAUGUCUACAAGGUUUUCCUUGAAGGUGAAAAGUAAAAAUGUAGCAAACACUACUCUUCUUUCCGCUCCUCCUCUCUUUUUGAUGCUAAAGUAAAUAGAGUUGAAGCUAAUUGUAAGUACAGGGGAGAAGCCAGUAGGCUGCAGAGGAAUGGGUCAUGGUCUGGUUUCCAUUAAAUCCACAUGUUGCUGAUUUAAUAGUGUCAGGCAUGAGCGGAGGAGGAGAGGGGAGGGGGUUUGGGGUAAAAAAAAAAAAACAACAAAAAAAAAUAGACCACAAGCACAAUUAUAGGAAUGGUUGUGAGUAAGAAGGAAAAGGGGAAAUAAGAGAGAUUUAGAUGAGACGGAGGUGCAGCAGGGGGGGAGAUAUUGUCUUCAUUUUCCAGUCUUCUCUGGGAAAGGAGGAGCAAGGGAAGGAAGGACGGAAGGGGAAAGGAAAGGGAGGAUGGAAGGAUUUUGAGAGGAAGGGCAAUGCUGGCGUUGUGCCUCCUGACCUAGAUUGGUUCACUGAGUUUUUCAGCUCCACUUCUUUUUGAGUUUCUCUCAGUUUCUGUGCCCCUUGUCCCGAGCUGGAAACGACCUCCUCUGCUGCUCCCUUCUCUGCUUUUCCACACCCCCCUUUUGCUCCCACUCUCCAUCUUUUUGUAUUUUUAUUUCAUUGCUCUUCCCUAGUGUACUUAACUGUUCCCAAAUGUAUUAACGUUCCCCGCCACUCUUGUGCAAAGUCUGCGCAAGCAUUUUGAAAUGUGUUGAAUGCACAGAAACAUCAGCAGGAUGUGAUUCAGUCUGGUUAUAUUUUGUGUUUCUCUGGGCAUUCCAGUGUCUUGUCUGUAUUUGUCUUCCUGUAAAACCUUCAUUAACAUGGUACUAUUUUUUUAACCUUUGUUUCAUGGUUGGGUUUGUUUUUUUUGCCAUUAAAAAAAAAAAACUAUAAAUAGCAUUAGGGAAACUUUUUUAUGUCUACUUCUUUUUUUCUAGUCUACUUAUCAUUUGUAGUUUUGUACGUCUUGUUUCUGUUCAGGUUUUUCUUAAAGAGCAGCAGUAGAUGAUUAUAACAGUGUUGAUGCAUGCAGGGCAUGUUCUGUGAAGCCUGUGCACUCUAGCAUAGAGUACAUGAAAGAUUUCACAAUAAAACUCACAGCUGAAACUGA